GAGCAAUGGGUGGCAGUCAAUGGAAGCAGAAGGGGGCUGUUGCUCUCUUUCUUUUCCUUUGUUUCAUCCAGUGCUCUUUUGCUUCAACUGGCGAUAGGCUCCCUGAAUUUAAAGAAUGCGUACAAAUAUGUGAACGACAAAAUUGUAACGCUGGAUUUUCUCUACCGCUCCAUCUCCGAUUGCUUCUCUGGACCUGCCCGGCCGAAUGCGAUUACACCUGCCAGCAUAUCAUCACUGACCUCCGACUGACUGCUGAGCCUCCGAUCGCGAAUCCUGUCGUGCAAUAUCAUGGGAAAUGGCCAUUCUACCGAUUCUUGGGCAUGCAGGAGCCCUUUUCGGUGCUCUUCUCCGCGCUGAAUUUACUCGCUCAUUACCAGGGAAUAUCGAAGAUUCGUGGAGUGAUACCAGACCAGUACCCGCUACGGAAGUAUUAUUUUACAUUGGGAUAUUUUGGCAUAGCAAGCUGGGUCUUUAGCAUGAUCUUUCAUACUCGCGACUUCGAUGUAACGGAGAAGGCGGAUUAUUUUGCCGCGGGCGCAAGCGUGCUCUACGGACUGUAUUAUACCCUGAUUCGAAUUUUCCGACUCGACCAGAACACACCGUCCAAACAGACGGUUUUGAGGUGGUGGACUCUCUUUUGUCUCUCUCUUUACGCGGCGCAUGUUGGCUAUCUCACGCUGUGGCGAUGGGACUACACUUACAACAUGGCUGCGAACGUGGUUGUUGGGGUGAUUACGAAUAUCCUGUGGAGUGUCUUUAGCAUCAAACGUUACCAGCGCCUCAAGAAACCAUGGGCUGCCUGGCCUGGUCUCAUUGUCGCAUGGGUCAUACUUGCUAUGAGCCUGGAGUUGUUGGAUUUCCCGCCAUUCUUGGGGAUGAUUGAUGCCCACAGCCUCUGGCAUCUUGGGACAGUGUUGCCUACGAUCUGGUGGUACAAUUUUCUAGUCAAAGAUGCACAACAAGACCUGGAAGGGGUGAGAUUAAAAGCUUAGAUCAGCAUCGCUACAGCGUCAUAGAGGAAGCAAUUAAGCAAGACAUUAGAAUCAUCAGAUUAUUCCACAAAGCAUGACAUUCAUUUCCUUUUCAAAUGUACAAAGUAAUCAGUCACCAUUGAUAUAGGCACCUCGAAAAGGAGACCGUCACACGGUGCAGAAGAGCAAGGCUUGUGGUCAUGGGGGGAGAUCUGACAAGUUUAUUGUAGCUAUAAUCUGACACCUAGAGCUAGUGUGCUAGACAAGUAAAUGAUAACGGGCCAGGGACGGGCAUCGGAGCAACACGAAGGGCCGAUGAUUGAACGAAAUGCUCGGUAAAUGAUUGGCCAGGUUUUUUAACUGGGG